GCAUUAACUUGUCUCGUAUAAGUAUCAGAGCUCAAAAUUACAGCGCUUAUUGACUGAGAGUAGAAUUGGAGAAGGAAGGAAGAGGCUGCAAUCCCGAUCUUCUCCUCCGUCGGCGAGCUUUGUGAACUAUCUGUUGAUUCACUUCGGAAAGCUUGUAUAGAGAGAUACAUACAUGUAUGUAUGCGAUAAUGUACGAAAUUGAAUGGAGUUGAAAUUGCUCUUGAGUUAGGGUUCGCUGUCGUCGGAAGUGAAGGGGAUGGCUCGGCAAAUGACGUCUUCCGCCUUCCACAAAUCAAAAACCCUUGACAACAAAUAUAUGCUUGGGGAUGAAAUUGGGAAAGGGGCUUAUGGAAGAGUUUACAAGGGUUUGGACUUGGAGAACGGUGAUUUUGUUGCAAUUAAGCAAGUGUCUCUCGAGAACAUUGCUCAGGAGGAUCUUAAUAUUAUUAUGCAAGAAAUAGAUUUGCUAAGGAAUUUAAAUCAUAAAAACAUUGUAAAAUAUCUUGGGUCAUUGAAGACAAGAUCUCAUCUUCACAUUAUACUCGAGUACGUGGAGAAUGGAUCUCUUGCGAACAUUAUUAAGCCGAAUAAAUUUGGACCUUUCCCGGAGUCACUGGUCGCUGUUUAUAUAGCCCAGGUAUUGGAAGGUCUUGUAUAUCUGCACGAACAAGGUGUAAUUCAUCGAGACAUCAAGGGAGCAAACAUAUUGACAACAAAAGAGGGUCUUGUCAAGCUCGCAGAUUUCGGAGUUGCGACAAAACUUAAUGAAGCAGAUGUUAAUACCCAUUCUGUCGUUGGAACACCUUAUUGGAUGGCCCCCGAGGUUAUUGAAAUGUCAGGGGUUUGUGCUGCAUCGGACAUUUGGAGUGUUGGCUGCACUGUGAUUGAACUCCUCACAUGUAUUCCGCCUUACUAUGAUCUGCAGCCCAUGCCUGCCCUAUUUAGAAUUGUACAGGAUGAGCACCCUCCAAUUCCUGAUGGCCUAUCUCCAGCUAUAACUGAUUUCUUGCGUCAGUGCUUUAAGAAGGAUGCCAGGCAGAGGCCUGAUGCAAGGACAUUACUUUCACACCCUUGGAUUCAAAACUCAAGGCGUGUAUUGCAGAAUUCUCUUCGACAUACUGGAACAUUAAGAAAUAUUGAAGAAACUGGAUCUCGGGAUGGGGAACUGCGCACUGGUGAACAAGAGCAUGAUGGGGAAAACUCUUCUGCUAACAAAGAAAGUAAAAAAACAUUGCCAUCUGAGGUGUCAGGCAUCAGCAAGUCCUCUGAGGAUGAUAAUUCUACAUCUAAUCUUACUGAAGAAAGGACAGAUAACCUUGACGAAGAUGUGGUCUCAGAUCAAGUUCUGACAUUAGCAAUUCAUGAAAAAUCACCCAUGCAUUCUAGUGCGUCUGAACCAGAAGAUACUCACGAGGCAUCAGUUUCUGAUUUGGCUGAACGCAAAACAUCCUACAUGAAUCUGCAUGAUGUAGUGAUGGCUAAUGGUGAUUUGGAGCCUGCAGAUCCCACAAAGCAAAAUGUUGUUGCUAGAAUAAUUGACAAAAAGGAAAGUUCAGUUGCUAUUCAGCAUGGCCAAGUUGACUCUGGUAAAAAGAAUCAGAAUCCUAGCCCAAGGAAGGCUGUGAAGGAAUCAUUCAGUACCGAAGAAAAUGAGCUUAGUAGAUUCAGUGAUCCUCCUGGUGAUGCUUCUUUGGAUGACUUAUUUCAUCCCUUCGAGCAUAAGGUGACUGAAGCCUCUACUUCUUCAUCCUCUUCACAUGCAUUUCAAGGCCAUGCAGUCUCUGAUGACGGAAAGAAUGAUCUGGCUACAACGCUGAGGGCAAAAAUUGCACAAAAGCAAAUGGAGAAUGAAUCUUCACAGGCAAAUGGCGGUGACAUACUUCGUCUAGUGAUGGGAGUUUUAAAGGAAGAAGCUAUUGAUAUAAAAACUCUGGGAUUUGAAGAGAAACUGCCCGCAGAAAAUCUUCACCUUCAGGCUGUUGAAUUUAGCAAAUUAGUGUCAUCACUGAGACCAGAUGAACCUGAAGACGUUAUAGUUUCUUCUUGUCAGAAACUGACUACCUUCUUUCAUCAGCGACCUGAGCAGAAAAUUAUUUUUGUUACACAAUAUGGUUUUCUUCCUCUAAUGGAGUUACUUGAGGUUCCUCGAACGCGUGUUAUAUGCUCUGUGCUUCAAGUUCUGAACCAAGUAAUUAAAGAUAAUACUGAAUUUCUGGAGAAUGCCUGCUUGGUUGGCCUGAUUCCUAUUGUGAUGAGCUUUGCUCUGCAUGAGCGUCCCCGGGAGGUCCGUUUAGAAGCAGCGCAUUUUUUUCAGCAACUUUGUCAAUCAAGCUCCUUGACAUUGCAGAUGUUUAUUGCUUGUCGUGGUAUACCCAUAUUGGUUGGCUUUCUGGAGGCUGAUUAUGCAAAGUACAGGGAAAUGGUUCAUAUGGCUAUUGAUGGCAUGUGGCAGGUGUUCAAGCUUCAGAAAUCUACCUCUAGAAAUGAUUUUUGUCGUAUAGCUGCCAAGAGUGGAAUAUUAUAUAGACUUAUCAACACUCUUUAUAGUUUAAAUGAGGCAACUCGUCUAGCUUCAAUAGGAUCCAGUGGUGGGCUCCCUCCUGAUGGUAUAGCUGGAAGGCCAAGAUCAGGCCCUCUGGAGACUACCAGUCCUUCUGUGCAAAUGGACACUGCGCUAUACGGGAGUGACUUGCCUGAUCACCUUAAAUUUAAGCAAGGAGACCAUAUAUCAUCGCAACCUGGACUGCAAGAGCGUGCAUCAGUAUCACAUUCACUUGAAUCAAGUUUUGCUACAGUGCAGGCUCCGGGUACUUCAAGAGGGGUAGAUCUUGCUUAUUUGGACAAAGGAUCCAGUCCAGUUAUAAAAGAUUACCCAACGAUCUCUAGAGACCAGGAAACUGUAGAUCGGUGGAAGAAUGAACCUCCUAGACCGGAAGUUGACAUAAAGCAGCAGAGAAAUGUUACUGCGACAGGUAGAAUGUCCACAGACAGGGCUUCAAAGUCAGUGGAUUCGACAACAAAUGGAUCAUCUGCUCAGAGUGGUAUCCAACACGAGCAAGUUCGACCACUGUUAAGUUUACUGGAUAAAGAACCCCCUUCACGCCAUUUCUCUGGUCAGCUGGAGUAUGUACGGCACCUUACAGGGGUGGAGAAACAUGAAAGCAUAUUGCCUCUUUUGCAGGCAGCUAGUGAAAAGAAAGCUAAUGGGCUCGACUUUUUAAUGGCUGAAUUUGCAGAGGUUUCAGGACGAGGAAAGGAAAACUCUAACCUGGAUUUAGGGCCGAGAAGUUCACCACAAGCAGCUAGUAAGAAGUUAGGGCCUCAUCCAACGAAUGGCGGAACUGCUGCCACCUCUGGACUGGCAUCACAGAAAGCAUCUGGUGUGCUGUCUGGUUCAGGAGUUUUAAAUGCCAGACCAGGGAGUGCAGCAUCGUCAGGAUUUCUUUCUCAUAUGGUAUCACCUUGGAAUGUUGAUGUUGCACGAGAAUAUUUGGAAAAGGUAGCAGACCUUUUACUUGAGUUUGCUGCCGCUGAUACAGCUGUGAAAUCUUACAUGUGUAGCCAAAGUUUGCUUAGUCGCCUAUUCCAGAUGUUCAAUAAAAUAGAGCCUCCAAUACUUCUAAAGUUGUUGAGGUGCAUAAAUCAUCUGUCAACGGAUCCGCAUUGCUUAGAGCAUCUUCAGCGAGCUGAUGCAAUCAAAUAUUUGAUCCCAAACCUUGAUCUCAAAGAAGGUGCACUUGUGUCACAGAUCCAUAAUGAGGUUCUCAAUGCACUAUUCAACCUCUGCAAGAUUAACAAGAGAAGACAAGAACAAGCAGCAGAAAAUGGGAUCAUUCCCCAUUUAAUGCAUUUUAUAGUGUCGGAUUCUCCUUUAAAUCAGUAUGCGUUGCCGCUUCUAUGUGAUAUGGCCCAUGCAUCACGUAAUUCGAGGGAGCAAUUGCGUGCUCAUGGAGGACUUGAUGUAUAUCUGAACCUUCUUGUGGAUGACCUGUGGUCUGUGACUGCACUAGAUUCACUUGCAGCAUGCUUAGCCCAUGACAAUGAAACCAGGAAAGUCGAACAAGCUUUGCUCAGAAAGGAUGCUGUGCAAAAGCUGGUAGCAUUCUUCCGGUGCUGUCCAGAGCAGCACUUCUUGCACAUAUUGGAACCUUUCUUGAAAAUUAUCACGAAAUCAUCUCGAAUAAACACUACUCUGGCAGUAAAUGGUUUGACACCGCUCCUUAUCUUGAGACUUGAUCAUCCAGACGCAAUAGCUCGUUUGAAUCUGCUUAAAUUGAUAAAGGCCGUGUAUGAGCACCACCCUCAUCCAAAGCAGCUGAUUGUGGAGAAUAAUCUGCCUCAGAAGCUUCAAAAUUUGAUCGAGGAGAGAAGGGACGGGCAGAGUUCUGGCGGCCAAGUUUUGGUGAAACAAAUGGCUACUUCACUUCUGAAAGCACUUCAUAUCAACACUGUCUUGUGAAGAAGAAGUCUUUCUGUGUCAACGUGUCUUUGUACAUGUCCAAGUUUCUGUUUUUAAGGUUUUGUGAGUUUGAUUGAUGUUCAUACCGCCAUUAUAUACAUAUUUAUGUAUAUUGACUUCUCUUUGACUUACUUCCUGCUUAUGCUUCUCUUGUCUUUGACAUAUAUAGUGUUAUGUUGUUUGUGACC